UGGCAAUUGCCCCGACGCCGUCGGGUAGCCGUUUCCGAGUCGAAACGUCCCGUCCCACCUAUCCGCGGACCGCUUGGCGAUGUACGCCGCCUCCGCGGUCUGCUCGUCGUCGUCGUCGUCGUCCGAGGACGAAUCGUCGCCCGAGGAGGGCGGCCGCGGCUCGGGCACGCCCUCCAUGAGCGCGUCGACCUCGCCUCGGAGUUUCGAGGCCUCGUCCUCCUUGCCCAGCGUCCCGUAAAUCGCCACGAGCUCCAGCAGCACGCUCGCGCGGUCCAGCGCGGACGCCUCGCCCCGGCCCGCCAGCUCCUUCAGGAUGAGGAGCUGCCGCUCGUGCAUCGUCGCGGCCAUCUUGUGCUUCCGCUGCGCCGCGCAGGCCUUGGCGAGGUAGCCGAGGCAGUUCGCCGUCAGGCGGCUGUCCGGGUCCAGCGCCGACGCCCGCUCGAGCGCGGCGGCGUAGCACGUCUCCGCGAGGCCGGGCUGCUCCUUGCCCAUGGCGUCGAGGCCGUGCUCGAGCUCGCGCCGGAUCUCGCGGUGCGUGUCCUCGAAGGUCGGUUCGCCGAGCGGCUGGACGAUGGCCGCCAUUGUUGCUUGCUGCGGGGCUGCCUUCCUCCUUGCUUGUGGGCUGAUCCUUAUUCCUGGGCUGCUGCCGAGAGGCUCUUUUGUGAUCGCGUCGGCUCCGGUAACAGGCGCGGUCGAUGAUUCGUGCCGAGCGCUUGAACGUUUUGCUCUCGCGUGCGUCUCUGCGCACCAAAAACCGCG